AUGGGAAGGCUUAAGAGGACCAGUAUCACACACCGAACGAGUCGUGAGCACGGCAUCUGCAAUGAAAGAGCCACAAGUAAGGUCUCAUCCAUCAACGGUGUGAACGAUGACUACAGUGGUGUUAGUGUAGCGCUCGAUUCUGACGAUACUCGCGCGGAAGGCAUGCUGGAUGGCUCGUAUGUCGAGGAGAGGAAUGGUAUACCUGACAAGGACCCCACCGGCAAUAUCGCUAGAGAUGUGUCCGAUACAGUGGGAGGUGUUCAUAGUCACAUCUCUGCGUCUGAUACUGCUAGCGAAGUCGGAUAUGAAUCUACAAAAUGA